ACCACACAACAGAAAUAAACCAACUAAGUACACACAUGCAUGGCUAUCCUCCUCAAUUAAUAAUCUCACUCCCCUCAUGAAAAUUUCCUUAGUGCCAUUGAGGGGCUCUUGAUCGAAGGGGUUGGACCUGACCACUUCCCUGACUUAAACCUACUUACCUCCCAGUCUCCAGGCACGGACACAGGGAUGGGAAAUUCUGUGUCAGCCGCCCACAGUACAGCAACGUCUCUUACUAGCCUAGCAGUUGAUGGUGGUGGUAAAAUGACAUUAAGUGCUUCAGAACUGCCUCCAAAUCACCCCACCUUUGAUAAGCAAAGCCGAGAAUCCUCUCCAGAAGGAUGCCCUACGCAUUCAUACGCUCAAAGUGCCCCUCCAGCAGAGUGUCCCAUGCAUAACAAAGUUUCUGAGGUCCCAGAAGGAAGUUGUGAUGCAGUCACUAGCAUUAUAUCCCCUGCUUCACAUGCACAGUAUGCCCCUCCUGAAGCAGUUAUACCUUCAGAGUGCCCUAUGCAUCAGUCAAACAAAGAACAACCAUCAGAGGCAUUCCCUUCUGAAUGUCCGAUGAGCAUGAGUGAAAAUGCAAAGUGGCCUUCACACCAAGAAGGUGUACACUAUGGAAAAGAAUAUGCUGGGAAGUUUGUUGGUAUCAAUCCACUCAACUUGGAAGGCUAUCCUAAUCAGAAGCCUUCUCCAGACCAGCCAUUUGAACUACCUACUGAUAGACAGGUAAGGCUUGGUUUUUUCAAAGUUUAAAGUUCAUGUGCAGUACAGCAUUUAAUUUUAGUCAUCAUAUGAGAUAUAAUUACAGUAUUUUAUUAGCUCAAAUGAUGCUCAACAAUUCUAGAAUGACAU